AUGGGCAAUUUGCUUUGCUGCGUUCAAGUUGAUCAAUCUACUGUAGCUAUCAAGGAAACUUUUGGGAAGUUUGAUGAAAUACUUGAGCCAGGAUGUCACUGCCUUCCUUGGUUCCUUGGUAGUCAAGUGGCUGGACACCUCUCACUCAGGGUGCAGCAGCUGGAUGUGCGAUGUGAAACAAAAACCAAGGUUUGUUGCUUCUUGCUUUGCUUGGUAGAUCGAGAAGCUUUGUGCCUUAUUAUUGACAGUAAAUUUUAUUUUGUUGUUCCCACUUUCAAGUAACUUAUGAGAUUCUUCUUAUAGGGUUGUCUCAAGAAGUUGAAUACCAGUUGAGAAAUCUUGUAUACCUGUUCUUUAUAUUCUAAUGAAUUCUUUUACUAUUACAUUAAAGCCUACAUAUUUGUUUAUUGGAGAUGUUGCCCUCGUUCGAAGUAAGAAAUGAGCUUCGUCAAUCAUCAGACGAAGGGAAAAGGCUCUUAGGCCCCUGCCAAAAGCUGACUGAACUAUGCACACCAGUUGGGUGCAUCUAGGAAUCGAUGGUGUGACAUAAACUGCUCCACUUGAGCCUUUAAAAUGAAUUUUUCACUGGAUGGCGCAUUUUUCUAGUCUUGUUUUUCUCCAUAAACCUUGUCCAUGGUAAGAUUGUCAAAUAGAUCCUGCUUUUCCAGUGGUAUGGAGUAAAUUUAACCUACUUCACUUUGGGAUACUUCUCCUCGAUAGCUCUCCGUUUUCUCGAACGGUGGGAUGACUCCAAUCUAGUUACCGUGUUGUGUGCAUCUUUCAGGACGAUGUAUUUGUCAAUGUUGUUGCGUCUGUUCAGUAUCGUGCUCUGGCCAACCAGGCAGGUGAUGCAUUCUAUAAACUGAGCAAUACCAGAGGCCAAAUCCAAGCUUACGUGUUUGAUGGUAUCAUCUGCAAACUCUAAUUCUUCACUUUGCACCUCUGUUAAGUCAUCGGUCUUUCCUUUUUCGCUGUUUUAUUAUCAUGCACAAUAUUAUUAUUUUCCGGAGCAUUCCCAGUAAAGCUGCAUAUUAAGCCCAACAAGUGAUUUCUAGUGGAUACAAAUUGGGAAUUUUUGGUUUAUUUGUUUAUUUAUCUUUCUAGUAAUCAGAGCAAGCGUUCCGAAACUCAAACUGGACGAUGCAUUUGAGCAAAAGAACGAUAUAGCAAAGGCAGUAGAAGAGGAACUCGAGAAGGCCAUGUCUAACUACGGGUACGAGAUUGUCCAGACACUCAUCGUUGACAUAGAGCCAGAUGAGCACGUAAAGCGAGCCAUGAAUGAGAUAAAUGCAGGUGAGCUUUUCCUGCAGACAUAUCCUGUCUGCACUUCUGUUCCAUUCCCUUUCCAUAGAUUUCAAUCAAAUGGGUGUCUCGUUUUUUCAGAACGUCCCCACCUCAUAUAAAAAAAAAAAAAAAAAAAAAAUGGGGUUUUAAUUAUUUCGGAUAAAAAAGGUAUUUUUCCCUUCUUUUAAACGAAAGAAUGUAUCAAGCCAUCGUGCAAUUAUCGUUUUGAUAAUGAAUGUGGGAGAAGAAUAAAUUAUUUCUCACCUCACAAAUUAUCUCACAUCUCAACGCCCCCUCCUCAUCUUACUCCAGCUCAGAGGCUCAGGAUGGCAGCAAAUGAGAAGGCCGAGGCGGAGAAGAUCCUCCAAAUCAAGCGUGCUGAGGGGGAGGCGGAGGCAAAAUAUCUGUCCGGUCUCGGCAUCGCCAGGCAGCGCCAGGCAAUUGUCGACGGCCUAAGGGACAGCGUCCUCGGCUUCUCGGUCAAUGUCCCCGGCACCACCGCCAAGGACGUGAUGGACAUGGUCCUUGUGACCCAGUACUUUGACACCAUGAAGGAGAUUGGCGCCUCCUCCAAAUCCUCUGCCGUCUUCAUCCCCCAUGGGCCCGGUGCCGUCCGCGACGUUGCCACUCAGAUCCGUGAGGGCCUCCUCCAGGCCUCCUCUCUCAACUGA